AUGCCUCGACCAGAACCAAUCAAGGUUCCGCUUGAAGAGAUCCGCCGAACGCUGGAAGAUCUAGACCGCCAACGCGAUCGAGACCGGUUUCGAUGUGUCCCCGAAGCCACCCGGCCACGAGACGAGGGAGGUAGAGAGCUGGUGGACGAGGCGACCCUACAGGCUCUCCGCGAAGCCCCACAGGAGCCGGUCCGAGUCCCGCUUGAAGAGAUCCGCCGAACCAUGUAUGACCUGGACCGCCAGCAUGCCGAAGAAAGAGCCCACCGCAAAGGAAAUCGCCCGCGGAAAGUCUCAGAGCUACAACCCCGAGGCGGGAAGGUCAUAUUACCUCCCAAGGAGGUUGCCCCUCGGCCGCAGGAGGUUAUGGAGUCAGAGCUCCGAAAUGAGCAGCUCAGAGUACCCUUCGAGGAGAUCACUCGUACAACCGACGACCUGGAUCGCCAGCAUGCUGAAGAAACAGGCUGUCAGAGGCAAGCAGGUCACCAGCAAGAAGCAUCGGAGCCACAGACCCAAGAGGGAAAGGUCCUAGUACCUCUCCAGGAGAUCUCGCGUACGUUGACCGAUCUAGAUCGGCAGCACGCCCAAGAAGCAGCUUGUCGGAGACAAGUAACUCGUCCUCAAAAGGACACAGAGUCACGGCUACGAAAAGGGAAGGCUUUAGUUCCCCUGGAAGAGGUCAUGCGUACAAUAGAUGGCCUAGACCGCCAGAACGCCGAAGAAACAGCCCUUCGGAAAGAAGGGCGUCAUCCACAAAGAGCCUUGGAGCCACGGCUACGAGGGGGAAAGGUCAUGUUACCUCCCGAGGAGGUCACCCGUUCGUUGAGCGAUGUAGACCGCCAGCAUGCUUUAGAAACAACUCGUCGGAGACGAGCAGCUCGGCCGCAGGAGAUCGUGGAGUCAGAGCUCCGAAAUGGGAAGCUCCGAGUGCCCCUCGAGGAGGUCGCCGGCACAUUAGAUGGCCUCGACCGCCAGCGCGCCGAACAAACAGCCCAUCGGAGACAGCAUGGGAAGGCUUUAUUACCCCUCGGUGAGAUCGCGUGUACAUUGGACCACCUUACCCGACUGCGUACCGAAGGAAGCACUCCCCGGGGAGCUGGGCCGCGUCCACAAGAGGUCACGGAGCCACAUCUUCAAAGUGCGAAGCUCAGAGUACCCCUUGAGGAGAUCGCCCGCACAUCUGGCGAUCUGGACCGCCAGCGCGCCGAAGACCAAUCCAAUCAGGUCCAUCAGGCUUCCCAAGUGGCAGACGUUCCAGAACUUGUACGGCGACCAAACACCCCUGAGCCGGCCUUCCCUCCUCCACAGACACCGCCUUCCCGCAAACGCCACAGCCCACGGCAGGAAGGACUGCUGACUCCACCGCCCUCGGGGCCGGAACGCUCUCGGAAAAGGCCUCGGCUGCUGCAGCACGAGACUGUCCAACUCCAGCAGCGGUUCGUCGACGCGAUUCUACAACAACGGGAGUCCUGCUUUCGCGCUAAGAAGGAUGCAUCGGUAGGAAAAUCCUGGUGCAAAGAAGUCUCACCCGCCCUCCAAGUCGAGACUUCGAAGUCGUUCUACGAGGGUUUCACAGACGAAUGGACGUUACCCAUUUCCCACUGCGUUUUCUGCUAUAGAAAAUGCCCCCCAGCCAAGAUUACUACUAUCCAGUGGAGAACGUACUUGACCCCAGUGUUGCUGCAGGCUACGACGGCUCUUCAGAAAUGCAAAAAGUGUCUCCCACAGGACGGUGACAUGGGGGUCGAUAUUUGCCUCGAGUGCCGCGGCAUUUUCGAAAACGGAAAGAUGCCGAAGGCAUGUUCGGUCAACAACAUGGACAUCGGGUGUGAGCAUCGUUAUCCUCGUGAACUCGAUGGCCUCUCCCUGUCGAGGAGAGACUGA